AUGGAGAGGAGAGUAUCCCGGUGGCAUUCAUACCUGGAAAUAUGUGAACUUACAACACCUGAAGCAAGAGAAGAUCCUCACAACAUGUUUUUCAACUGGUUUUAUGACGUUGAUGUAAACCACAGAUGCAGAGCCCCUGGUGUCUCUUCGAUUAUCCUGUUUGAAAUUUCAUGCAUCAUGAUUAUGGUGUUUCUUUUCAGUGUGCCAGUCAAAAAAUAUCAAUAUAUUCUGACAAUGAUUUUUGUCACUGAGGAGAUCAACAGAAAUCCAAAACUUAUACCCAACAAGUCUCUUAAUUUUAACUUCAUUCCCUCCAAGUGUGAUGAUUCAUGGAAUAUCAUCUCUUAUAUAACAUCCACAGAAUUUAAAGAGAUCAGUUUUCCUAAUUAUAACUGUGAAAUAAUUCAUUGUGGUGUAUUAUUUACAGGACCAUCAUGGGCAGCAAGUAGCAAAAUUGCAGUAGAUACUUGGUUUAUCCAUAUUCACUAUGGCCAAUUUCAUCCUGUUUUGAGUGACCAUUUUCUGUACCCUUAUCUGUAUCAGAUUGCCCCCAAGCAAACAAGGCUGCCUUUUGCCAUAGUCUCCCUAAUGCUUCAUUUCAAGUGGACCUGGAUGGGGCUGGUUAUCUCUGAUGACGACGAAGGUAUUCAGUUUCUCUCAGAUUUCAGAGAAAAGAUACAAGGAAAUGAAAUCUGUGUAGCCUUUUUGAAUGUGAUCCCAGUAAACAUGAAGUUAUACAAUACAAAGGCUGAAGAAUAUUAUAAACAGAUUAUGACAUCAUUGGCAAAUGUUGUGAUCAUUUAUGGUGAAAUGAAUUCUACACUGGAAGUGAGCUUUAGAAGAUGGGUAUAUUUAGGCAUCCAGAGGAUCUGGGUCACCACCUCACAGUGGGAUGUCAUUGCAAAUACAAGAAGAGACUACAUUCUUGACUCAUUCUAUGAUGCUUUCACAUUUUCUAAACACCAUCACAAGAUCCCUAAUUUUAAAAAAUUUAUUCAGACAAUGAACACUUCCCAAUACUCAAUAGACUUUUCUGUUAUGAGAUCAGAAUGGAUGUACUUUAAUUGUCUGGAGAUUGAAUCUAAAUGUAGAACAAAGAGCAAAUGUUCACCCAACACUUCAUUAGAAUGGUAUGCAAGUCAAGGAUUUGACAUAGCCAUGAAUGAUGAGAAUUACAAUCUAUACAAUGCUGUGUAUGCUUAUGCACAUGCCUACCAUGAAAUGUAUUAUGAACAGGUAGAUUCAAGGAAGGGUUGUAAAAACAAAGGUAUUUACUCAUGUCACUAUUUUUACCACAGACUGAAGAAUAUGCAAUUUAUUAACCCCAUUGGAGACCUAGUGACUAUUAAUGAGAAAACAAAAUAUGAAGCAGACGAUGAUAUUUUCCACAUUUCAAAUUUUCCACAAGGUCUUGGAAUAAAGGUGAAAAUAGGACAGUUUUCUUCAUAUGGUUCCCUUGGUCAACAACUGUCUUUGUCUGAUGAGGCAAUGGAGUGGGCCACAGGCGGUAGGAAGAUUCCCUCCUCUGUGUGCAGUGAGACUUGCAGGCCUGGUUUCAGGAAGUUCCGACAAGAGGGAAAUGCAGCCUGCUGUUUUGAUUGUUUCCCCUGCCCAGAAAAUGAGAUUUCUAACACAACGGAUAUGGAUCAGUGUGUGAAGUGCCCAGUCACUCAGUAUGCCAGCAUGCAGAAAACUCACUGUCUCAAAAAAACUGUGGACUUUCUAGCUUAUGAAGACCCCUUGGGGAUGGCUCUGGCUUGCUUGGCUCUGUGCUUCUCUGCACUCACUGCUCUUGUUCUUGGGGUUUUUGUGAAGCACCAAGACACACCUAUUGUGAAGGCCAAUAAUUGCACAAACAGCUACAUCCUGCUUAUUGCACUCAAGUUCUGUUUUCUCUGUCCAUUACUCUUCAUUGGGCAUCCCAACAACACCAAUUGCAUUCUCCAGGAGGUCUCAUUUGCAGUUCUGUUCACUGUGGCUGUGUCCACUGUUUUGACCAAAACAAUUACUGUGGUUCUGGCCUUCAGGGUUACUGCUCCCGGAAAAAAUAUGAGGGGGCUCCUGGUAUCAGGAGCACCUUACUUCAUCAUUCUCAUCUGUACCUUGAUCCAACUUGUUCUUUGUGGGAUAUGGCUGGGAACAUACCCUCCAUUUGUUGACACCGAUCCACAUUUGGAACAUGGCAAUAUAAUCAUUGUGUGCAAAAAAGGCUCAGACACUGCCUUCUUCUGUGUCCUGGGAUACCUGGGCUCCUUAGCUAUAGGGAGCUUCACUGUAGCUUUCCUGGCUAGAAACCUGCCUGAUGCUUUCAAUGAAGCCAAAUUCCUGACCUUCAGCAUGCUGAUGUUCUGCAGUGUGUGGGUCACCUUCCUCCCUGUCUACCACAGCACCAAGGGAAAGGCCAUAGUGAUAGUGGAGGUCUUUGCUAUCUUGGCCUCCAGUGCAGGGUUGCUCGGUUGCAUCUUUUUCCCCAAGUGUUACAUAAUUUUGUUAAGACCGAGUAACUACGAAAAUGGUUUACUUUAUUGCUGGUGGCAACUUGCAACUUUUAGAUUAAGAAAUCUGCAGAUCUACUCAGUAGCUGCUGAAAGGGACACAGGUGGAACUAGUGAACAACUCGAGAAGUCUGAACUCUCCCACCGCCCACCAUCAGAACUGCAAAUCUCAGGCACUCAGCCCCCAGUGACAGCACAGCCAGCGCAGCUGAUAAGAGCUCCAGCUCCACACACAACGUGGAGGGACUGA